AUGCUGUAUGAUUUAAAAAAGAAUUUUCACUGCUUCUUUCAGGACAAUUUCCUCUUUGUAGCUAAUGCUCUUUUCUCUCUGAAAAGCAUAUAUAAAUUGUUUCCUAACUUCUUACAGGGAAGACCAAGGGCAAAAGUAUCAUGGCAGAAAAAUGGUUCUCCAAUAGACAAGAACCAAAUCAACAUCCGCAACACUGAGAAUGACACCAUCAUUUUUAUCAGAAAGGCAGAAAGGAGCCACUCUGGAGAAUAUGACAUGAAAGUGGAAGUAGAGAAUUUGGUGGAUAAAGCUACAAUAGAUAUUCAAAUUGUUGAUCGCCCAGGCCCACCAGAGGUUGUAACUAUUGAGGACGUCUGGGGAGAGAAUGUAAAUUUAUCAUGGAAGCCACCAAAAGAUGAUGGCAAUGCUGCCAUUACUGGGUACACUAUUCAAAAAGCAGAUAAGAAGAGUAUGGAAUGGUUCACGGUAAUUGAGCACUACCACCGCACCAGUGCCACCAUUAAUGAGCUCGUCAUAGGAAACGAGUACUACUUCCGAGUCUUCUCUGAAAACAUGUGCGGCCUCAGCGAGGAUGCAACAAUGACCAAAGAGAGUGCUUUGAUUGCAAAAGAUGGUAAAGUCUACAAAUACCCAGUUUACGACGACUUUGACUUCACUGAACGACCACUGUUUACUCAGCCUCUAGUUAACACGUUUGCUGUAGCUGGUUACAAUGCUACUUUGAACUGCAGCGUUCGGGGCAACCCCAAGCCCAAAAUAACCUGGCUGAAAAACAAGGUUGCUAUACUGAAUGACCCAAGGUACCGAAUGUUUGGCAACCAAGGUGUCUGUACCUUGGAGAUCCGCAAACCCAGUCCGUAUGAUGGAGGCACUUACACUUGCAGAGCUGUCAAUGAACUUGGAGAGGCAGAAGUUGAUUGCAAACUGGAAGUAAAAGUGAUAUAUCAAGGAGUAAUUAAUCCAGGAGAACCAAUCUUCAUGGCGGGGAAUAAGCAGUUACAGAAUAAGGAUUUUUGAAUGUAUAUUGUCAUCUAAGGUGGGCUUUCGUUCUUCAAACUAUUAAUGGAUGGAGUGCCUCCGCAUAUCAUUGAUUCAUAUAUGCGCGAAGUACAGGCAGACAAAACUG